AUGUUCGGCUCUAGUGUGGCAGGGUCGAGGUCAAUGGGUCUGCUACCAUGUACGAUCUCCUGGCUCUUCCGAAUGAUCACCCAGCGACAGGAGGAUAUUGGCGCCCGAUUCUCGGUGCGAGUAUCUGCUGUGGAGCUGACAAACAGAGAGGAGACUCUACAGGAUCUGCUUGCCACUAGUUCUCAAAGUGGGUUCAGCUUCAAAGGUUUAAGUCAAAAUUGA